AUGGUCUGAAGUUGUUGUUCUGAGGAGCUGGAAUGCAAAAUCUGUUACAACCCUUACAAUCUGAAGAACAGGAGACCCAAGUUGUUGGAAUGCUUUCACAGGGUGUGUGCCAAAUGCUUGUAUAAGAUUGUCGACCUUGGAGAUUCCCCACAAAGUAUAAUUAGCUGUCCUUUCUGCAGGUAUGAGACAAGUGUACUGGAUGAUGAAGUUGGUGGACUUCCGGAUGACAGUAAUGUCCUUGCUGCCCUUGCAUGCAAGGAGAAGAAUAGAAGGUUUGCCUUGGACAACCCAUCUGAGCUUCUGCUGACUCCAAAAAGGCUAUCUUCCAUUGAAAGCCCCUCACAUAGUUCCUCAAACUGUCUGGUUAUCACCAUCAUGGAAGUUCAAAGGGAAUCCCCACAAUCUCAGAGCUCACCAUCAGGCAUGGAAUUCUACAACUCCAGUUUUGAUUCAAUAGCUUCUAUGUCUCGGCAGUGUGCAAUUUGGAAUUGUACUCCGCUACUCUGCCAUACCAUAGGCAGAAUCCUAGUCUGGCUACUAGGACUCCUGUAUUUCAGCUCUUUACCUCUUGGUGUAUAUCUGCUGGUGAUUCAGAAGGUCACACUGGGGAUCAUAUUUGUCAGUCUUGUUCCCUCCAGUCUUGUUAUUCUUAUGGUCUAUGGUUUCUGUCAAUGUUUAUGUCAUGAGUUUUUGGAUUGCAUAUCUUCAUGA